AUUGGCCCAUCACUAAUCGAUAAUGCAUCUACUGUUCAUUUAGAAAACAUGCAGGUACUUGUAUAUAUAGAGGUCCAAGACUCACUUCUACAAAACAAACCAUUAAACAAAAUUUCCAAGCAAUAACAAGAACAAUAUACAUAAUAAAAGAAUAUCACAACUAUAGUAUUGAUUACCAAAAAAAAAAAGAAUAUUACUAUACAAAUGGAUGUGGUAGCAAGACUAGCGUCACAAAGUGCAGUGGUGAUAUUUAGCAAGAGUACGUGCUGCAUGUCUCAUGCAAUUAAACGGUUGUUUUAUGAGCAAGGAGUAAGCCCUGCGAUUGUCGAGAUCGAUCAGGAAAUGUACGGUAAAGAUAUCGAAUGGUCUUUGGCCCGGUUAGGAUGCAGCCCUCCAGUUCCCGCAGUGUUUGUCGGAGGGAAAUUCGUUGGUACGGCUAAUACCGUCAUGACUCUUCAUCUUGAUGGGUCAUUGAAAAGGUUGCUCAAGGAAGCUGGUGCCUUGUGGCUUUAGUAGUUUAGUUCAUCUCAUGUGUUUUUGAGAAUAUAUAUAUAUAUAUAUAUAUAUCUUUACUUUGACCUUUUAAAGCUUCUUCACUUUAUGCACGGUUAAUUAAAGCAUAUGUGAAGAACUGCUUUGUAUUUGGCUGUUAUGUCUUUGUGGAAGUUGAUUUAAUGAUUAACUAUGACCCACUUUGGAUAGAA